AUGCCGCCCAAGGAUACAAAAAUAACCCCGUCACUACGCCAGAUACUCACCACACCAUCCAACGCGGCACUCGAAACUUUCGACACCUGGAACUCCGUCUCGACAGGCCACCAGCGCGCAGAAGUGAAGCAGACAAAUUCAUCUGGCUGGACUCAAGUACGCAGCCAGAAACUAUCAGCUCAGUACGGCAAGACUUCCAAAGCCAGCAACGGCGAGUGGGCAUGGCUCGAUAAACAGGGGCGGAAGAAACUCGGCCAUCUGAGUGCUGGGGACGGGGAUAUACGUCGUUUCAUGAGCACGGGCAAAAGGAGGACUGGGGAUGAAGUCAAUGGAAAGUCCGAGGUGGCUAAGCGUAUGAAGCUGAUGCAGGGACCACAACAUAAACAUAUCCAUGAGCAUGGGCAAGUGGCUGGUGAUGAUGAGCUGGUAAUGAGCUUGGAGCAAAGCAAGGGGGCGGUAUGCUUUGAUAAACGAUACGAUCGUACGAGUAUGAAUGAUAACAAAGACGAAAUUAAUGAUGAUACCCAUGUAGACAAGGAUAAGCGUAUGUUUGCUGAUCUGACGAUAUACAUCAACGGUUCCACAAUGCCACUGAUAUCAGACCAUAGGUUGAAAAACAUACUUAUUGAUCAUGGAGCGAAGUUAUCAAUUGGUCUUACCAGGCGGAACGUGACGCACGUCAUCCUCGGUCAUCCUAAUGGAGAGUGUGAGGUUGGGGGUGCCGGUGCCGGUGCCGGUGCUGAUCCCGGCCGUUCUCAGACUGGAGCUGGAGGAGGUCUAGCGGCAGGGAAAAUGCAGCGUGAGAUACGGCGUGUUGGCGGGAUGGGCAUUAAAUUCGUUGGGGUCGAGUGGGUCCUUGAGAGUAUCAAGGCUGGCUGCAGGUUACCUGAAGCGAGAUUCGCAAAUGUACAUCUUGCGUCGAAGAAACAGAGAAGCGUCCUAGAUUUUGUGAUAAAGUAG